UGAUUGCCUCUGAUGAUGCUAACGGCACGCAACGUUGCAUGACCAUUUUGUGAGAAGCUUAAUUCGUCUAUUCGAGAACUCAUCUAGCGGAAUAACAAUAGUACUACAAUAAAAUUCCAGUUUUUUUAAUUUAUAUGUAUUAUUGCCACAAUAAAUGGAUGGCCUGUCAUAAUUAACCACGCUUGUGUCAUGAUUUGCAAUCAUGAGUUCGUCUAGGUGGACAGAAAAUAGGGAAGUAAAUAAAGAAAUCCAAAAGCUAAAACUUCAACAGCAAGAGCAAAAUUUGGUUACUUAUUUCAGUUCUUCAUCAGAACGAUCAGAUUCCGGAACAAGUGCUGAAGAAAAUCGAAGCGAAAGUUCAGACAAUGAUUUAUAUAGUGGAACAUCCGACAGAAAUUUAACAGAUGAAAGUUUAAGAAUGACGACAGAAAAUUUACUACUUCACCAGGACAUUUGUGCUAGGGGACAAUUGAUUGAAUUUGAAUCUUCAGCCUCAGAUAGAGAUAACAGAUCUGCGGUAUCUGCGGCACAUUUUGACAACUCCUUACAUAAUAAUGACACAUCAUCUUUAUACACAACAACCACAGAUUCUGCUGCAAUUGAUUACAACACAAGUACCGAUAGUAGCUACAGCGAUGAAAUUUUAAACAACUUUGAUGAUAUUGCAAAUGAAAAUCCAAUUGAGGAAGCUUUUAACGGACUAACCAUUACGGAGCGUAUCGCACAGAUAAAAAUCAAGACUAAUUGUUCUCUAACAACUAUCGCUGAAAUUUCAAAUCUCUUACGCGACUUGGGGCAUAACAUACCUAAGGAUCCAAGAACCAUUAUGAAGACGAAAGUUUGCGACUUAACCAAGUUAAAUAACGGUGUCCAAUGCAACAGCAACUCAUUCGUCCACCUUGGAUUAAUUGAAGGGAUAAGGAAAAAAUUGAUGAACGCCGACAAAAAGCUGAUGAUGCUUAUUCUUCAAUUUAAUAUUGAUGGUUUACCGCUCUGGAGGAGUAGCCGCACGCAAUUCUGGCCAAUUGUUUGUCGCAUUAUUAAUUGUCAAGAUAGUAGUGAAUUUCUCGUCACUUUACACUGUGGAGUUGGAAAACCGCUAAGCGUCAGAUCAUAUCUUCGGCCUUUUUUGGACGAAUUAAAAGCGCUUUUAAACGACGGAUUACUUCACUUUGGGCAAAAAUUUGACAUUCGAAUUGGCGCUUUCUGUUGUGACGCACCAGCUCGCGCAUUAAUCAAGCAAAUCAUUGGACACACGGGAUAUUGCGCAUGUGAACGAUGCGAAACACAUGGAAUGAGAUCUGAUAAUAGAACGACGUUUCCACAACUAACGGCAGCUUUAAGAACUGAUGAGUCUUUUAGAGCUGGUUCUGAUGAACAUCAUCAUAAUUCCAUUAGCCCUCUUGAAGAAAUCGAUAAUUUAGACAUGGUGUUUGACAUACCGUUGGAUUAUCUUCACCUGGUUUGUUUUGGAGCCAUGAAACGCCUUCUGAAAAUGAUUUGGUUGGAACAACACCCCGAUUGCCUGAGUAAGCAACAACAACGAUUGAUAAAUGAAUUAAUCAGAUUAUGUGCCAUGCAACUACCAAAGGAAUUCAAUCGAAAAGGUCGAUCGCUUGAGGAUAUAAGUAACUGGAAAGCCACAGAAUUUAGGACGUUUCUUCUCUACACUGGUAUAUAUAUUUUAAGAAACAUCCUCCCUUGUCAUCAGUACAAACACUUUAUUUAUUUCCAUGUUGCUAUUCGAAUACUUUGCAAUCCGAAAUCUACGGUAGACCAUAUAAAAUAUGCCGAUCAAGUCCUGAGACAUUUUGUGACGAACUUUUCAGCUUUAUAUGGUGAUUUUCAUAUUGUUUACAAUAUCCACUCUUUGAUCCAUUUGGCAGGAGACGUUCUUAUUCAUGGCGCGUUAGAUACAUUUAGUUGUUUUGGAUUUGAAAACUAUUUAGGAAAACUCAAAAGGCUUCUUAGAAAUUCAAGACUUCCUCUCAAGCAAAUUGUGCGAAGGUUAUCAGAAAUCGAUGCUAUGCAAAGUGCGAUGAAGAGAACUGGAUUAAAUGAGCGUUGCGGAAAAUCGAAAUCAUAUGAUACAUUCGCUACUAUCAUUCCACAGUCUAAAAAUGAUUCCUAUAUUAUCGUUCCAAGGGCUAGGCAUCCAAUAGUUAUUAAAGUUACAGCUAUGGAUUCAUUAUAUGUUACAGGUUACGCUCUUAGAAUAGAAAAAAGGCGUGAUGGUAACUUUGAAGAGUUCUACUCGCACCCAGCUAAAGCAUCUGAAUUAAAUGUAUAUAAAGUGCGCGGCUUAAUAAGGCAGAAAAAAUGGAAUAAAAAUGAAAUUAAGAAUGCUAUAAAAGCUGUUUUUCUAAGAAAUAAUGUUAUGCGCGAUUAUGGUUUAGUGAUUCCACUACUACAUUUGUCAUCACAGUAAUUAUGAAGCAGCAAAAUAAAUAAACACGUUCAAAAGAAAUGUAUGUUUA